AUGAACACCAAUGGCCAUGUCUCUGAGCCCGAGCACAAACAUGAAACCACCGGCGUCUACAAUGCGAAAUCCGUGGUAGAAAUCCGUGCUGCUCUGGCCGAGCUCCACCAAAAAGAGGCCACCGUGACCUCGCAGCUCGACGCCCUUGUGAGCGCACAGAAAGAUCUACAGCGAGAACUCGGCCGUCUCGAUCUGUUCCGCGCAAAUGCCACCGCACAAGCGUCCAAGACAAGAGCCGUCAGCAAUGGGAUGCUCUCGGACGCAGCCGCCAACGCCAAACGCAUCUCAAAUUCGGUCCAAAGGCUCGAUCUCGAGCAGGAGAGGGUCAAGGCCACGCUCACAGUCGUGGAGCAGGUCGGGGAGCUCAAGGCUUGUGUGCUGGGUGUCUCUGGGUCCAUGGGAGCGGCCCAGGACUGGGAAACCGCCGCCAGCUAUCUCAGCAGAGCCUCGAAGAUCCCCAGUGCUGUCAUCAACGGCCCGUUCGCCGCAAGGAUCGUACCGACCGCAGAAGUUCCAGAUGCGCCGGCCGUGACCUUGGAGAACGCAUCGGAAUCAUUGUGUAGCCUGUUCCUGAGAGAGUUCGACAAAGCAGUCAAGGACAAUGACGGCGCCAGGAUAACACGUUUCUUCAAAUUGUUCCCCCUCAUCAACCGGUCCGAUGUUGGCCUCGACGUUUAUGGUCGCUAUGUUUGUCAGGGUGUCGCUACUCGAGCGCGAGCGAACCUUAAUGCAGGCACCGGUGGCAAUCAGAGCAAAGACGGCUUCUUCUACGCAAAUGCCCUGACAAAACUGUUCGAGCACAUUGCACAAAUUAUUGAGGGACACGGUGGACUGGUCGAGCGCCAUUACGGAGCCGGCAAGAUGGCUCGAGUCGUUGAACGACUACAAGUCGAGGCUGAUCUCCAAGGAGGGAUUAUACUCGACACCUGGAGCGACGAGAGGAAGAUCGACCGUCAGCUGACCGAUAUCAAAGCAUACGCUUUCACUUUCUUGGUCCAGAGCUUCAUGAAUGCACAGCGAGGAUCAAGCGGAACGCCGCGCGCCGGCUCUCCUGCACCGGGAAGGUUGAGUGAGGAUGAGUCGGUCGACAUGAAACAGGUCGACGCCCUGUUGAAUGAAAUGACCCUCAUGUUGGGCAAAUGGUCCCUGUACACCAGUUUCAUUGCCGAAAAAUGUCACGAUGCCGGCGGUCUCGAUGCAUCGCUCCCGAUGCCGGCUUUCCUCCUCGACUCGAAUCUCCACAAAAAGGUACAGGAGAAAGUCCUCAUCCCGUUCAACACCAUGACCACGUUCUUCUUCCGACGCUCAGUCGAGAAGGCGUUCCAGCUAGACGAGCAACCGCCGGAUUUGUCCCUCAACCCGCACAAACCACUCAAUUCCAAUCCUCCUCACGUCACCUCUGCAAUCGAAGACAUCAUGUACAUCGUCAACAAAGUCCUGCAGCAGUCCCUGGCAACGUCACAGAAGCAGGUCGUCUCGAGCGUCGUUCCGACCCUGGGCAGAAUCCUCGGCUCCGACUUCAUUGGGAUGGAGCAGCGCAAGAUGCGUGAUGAGAGCUACCCCAAAGCCGCGAUUCCGGGCCAACUCCCGCCCGAAGCGACCAUCGUCUCGUUCCUCGUGCUCAUCAACAACCUCGACGUAGCCAAGGACUACGUUUUCCAGAUCGCCCGUGCUCGAGUGGAACCUGCGGCCGCGGGCUCACCCCAUCGACCUCUGGCAGAACUGUUCCCCGGGCCGGGCGAGGCCGACGAAGUCGCCGCGGCACUGACGUCGUUCGCGACCGUCUUCUCGGACAAGACCAACGAGCUCAUCUCCGACGGCGUCAACGUGGUCUUCCACAACGUCAUGAAGCCCCGUCUCCGACCGAUCCUGAUGGACGCAUUCCGCGAAACAGACUACCAGCUCACGCGGGAGCAGUUGCAGGACCUCGCGGGGACGGACCUCGAGGGCGGGGACGACCCGACCGAGGCGGCCCUGUCGGACCAAGUCCGCAUGCGAUUCCAGCUCGGGUGGGACGCCCUGACGAGGCCCAUCGGCCGCAUCAUGACCGAGCGCACCUUCGACCAGCUCUUGGGAACCGUGGUCAACCACCUGAGCAAGAUGCUCGAGAAGCGUCUGUGGACGUACCACGGGCGCGUCAACGAGCUCGGCGCCGCGAGGCUGGAGCACGACGUCAACGAAAUCGUCAAGGUCGUGGUCAGGGGACACAAGUACGCCCUGCGCGAGCACUUCUUGCGCUGCACCCAGAUCUGCAUGAUCAUGAACAUGGACGAGGAGGAGUGGGACGAGUUGAUCACCUCGGGCGGCGAGGUCGCGGAUAAAUUGAAGCUCGAGGAGCGUGUGAGGGCCAGGAAUAUGGUCAAGGAGACCACUUCCUAA